CUUGCUCAUUCUGUGUCUCUCAACCCUGGGGAAACUCAGGGAGCCAAAAACCUGGGGAUGCAAUACAAAAGGCAAAUGCGAUGAGACAAGAUGAAGUGAACAGACAGGAACGCUCCCCGCCGAUACAGACGCUCCGCCGCUUCACAACGCAAUAAAGCCUUUCAGUUUUCCUUUAAAACGGCGGAAGCGCAGCACCGACGGGCGUUUACUGGCGCUCUACGGGAACAUUUGGUAAUGUCUGCGAGUCUUGCGGCAGCUGGUGUGGGAAGCAUAGGAGCGCGGCAGAGAGAAGGAGUGUGAUCUGCAGCGCCGGUGGAGUUCCGCGAAGCGCAGCCGUAGCAUUUCAGAGCGGCUGUUGAGUCUUUGGAGCGCAUCCGUGGGAUUUAACAAUUUCAUUUGCAAACCUGCACUCUGCUUUUGGACCUCCUGCUCCAGUGUCAGCCAUGCUGGUUAUUUUGGCCUUCAUCGUCCUCUUCCACAUCAUUUCAGCAAUACUGCUCUUCAUAUCCACUAUAAACAAUGCUUGGUGGUUUGUAAAAGACGGCAAUUUCUACACUGACCUCUGGUUCAGCUGUAACGUCACCUGUAAAACUAUAGAAGGUAGUGCCAACAAAGAUGCAGGCUUCCUCCAGGCGGUGCAGGCCACCAUGAUACUGGCCGCCAUCUUGUGCUGUGUAGGCUUCUUCGUGUUCAUCCUGCAGCUCUUCCGCCUGAAGCAAGGCGAGAGAUUUGUCUUCACCGCCAUCAUCCAGCUGCUGUCUUGCCUGUGUGUGCUGAUCGGCGCGUCCAUCUACACGGCCCAGCACGAGUCCAUCGACAGUAAACAAACAAACGGGGAGUACGGCUACGCGUUCGUGGUGGCCUGGGUGGCCGUCCCCAUGACCCUCAUCAGUGGCCUGAUGUAUCUAGUGCUGCGGAAACGCAAGUAGAUGCUCACAACGCCCCGACCUCACCAGGCCCAGCCUUAGCCUUAGUUUUUGUAAAUAUACUUUUUUGUUUGGUUUGUUUUUAGAUGUGCAGUUCAAAUACAUGCCAUAAUGUAAGAUUACAGAAAAUAAGAGAGAUAAAAGAUAAUUAAAUAAUACAUUCUUGAUAUUAACCAUAGAAUACUGGAAAUUAACUGUUCUUUCUUUGAAACGAUGUACCAAAUCCGUCUUAACCUUUUGUGUAAAAGGCCAUUUUGUUUCCUCUAUUGAAAAUGUUUGUGGAGUUAUGCUGGGGAAGUUAAAUGGGACUGAAUCCAAGUUGAAAAUAAACAGGAAAAAUAACUAAAUAAAUAAAAGAACACAAGUGACAUUUUAAGUCAAUAUUAUACCAAAAACUACUAUUUUGGCUUGACUCCUUCAUAAAACCACCAUGUGAAAUCUGGCUUGGUGGCACUUGGCUGGACGUCCUGCUGGACCAUUGUCUGACUCAGCCUUAACUGAAUAUGGAAGGCAGAAAAGUGGUCAUGCUAAAAUGUACUGCCAAUUUGCUAAGAGCAUCAUACUUGAAGCUGAAUAGAUCGAUUAUAGCAGCUUGUGUUCAUUAUGCUAUUUUUUUUGUAAACGUUGGUAUUAAUAAAAAAACAAAAAAAAACCUAGUCAUACUGCAUGUUUUAUUAAUUUUUUACCUGCAUUUAGCUUACCAUCGAUAUUAAAAUCAAAUAUAAAAUGUAGUUCUUUAAUGAAUAGUAGUAAAGACUUGAAAUGAGCUUAAAGUGGAGAAGAGAAUUUGCGUUUGAAAAUCGCAAAUGAAACAGACCAAAGCCACAUUUCAUAAUAUUUGGUUAUUUUGUUUUGUUGGUCUUUGUCUCAUGUGAGGAAUAAUAGACAACUGAAUCAAAGAAUUGAGAAAAGAUUAAAUUGAUCUGUAUUUAUGUAGACCAAAUACAUUGCUGUUCAUUUUGGUAAUGAAGUAUUAUUUUUACAAGCUUGAACCCUUUCCUUACAUUGUUUCCAUAUGAAGUGAUCUCAUUGGAUAUUACUCAAGGUUUUUAAAAUUUGAAUGAAAUCACAUUGGCAGCUUUUUGUUUGGACGCUCGUGCGCUGUGUCUGAUGCCUAUAGUUGCCUAUGUUUCCACUGACUGACCCCAAUCAAGGGCUAAAUGUUUUGCUUGUUUUUUUAAGUCAUUCAAAUGUAUUUUACAUUAAAGAUCAACUACUUGUAA